GGGCGCGCAGCCCGGCGCAGCGGCUGACGGCCCCGGCUCCGCGCCGGGCGGAGCGCACACUCCUUUCUCUUUCGCAGCGCGCCGCGGACCGCCGGCGUCUCCUCGCCCGGACUGGGGAUCUACCAGGCCGCCGUGGGUUUUGGGGGGGCUUUUUUCCACCUCCUCCCCCCCUUCCCCCCUCCCCCCACGCCUUCUGUCUUUUUAUUUUUUACGCACGUGGAGGAACUCUUGGAUUUACUAACAUGAUCUUGGCAAACGCCUUCUGCAUCGUCCUCUUUGUAGAUGAGCUCCUCCGCUGCCGGGCCGGCCCGUCCUCGCUGCCCGGCCAGGACCCGCCGGGCUGGCGGGCGCCCGUGGACUGCGUGCGGGCCAACGAGCUGUGCGCCACGGAGCCCAGCUGCAGCUCCCGCUACCGCACGCUGCGGCAGUGCCUGGCCGGCCGCGACAGGAACACCAUGCUGGCCAACAAGGAGUGCCAGGCGGCCCUCGAGGUGCUGCAGGGCAGCCCGCUCUACGACUGCCGCUGCAAGCGGGGCAUGAAGAAGGAGCUUCAGUGCCUUCAGAUCUACUGGAGCAUACACCUGGGGCUGACCGAAGGAGAAGAAUUUUAUGAAGCUUCUCCCUAUGAGCCGGUCACCUCUCGUCUCUCUGAUAUAUUCAGACUUGCUUCAAUUUUCUCAGGAAUGGACCCCACCGCCAAUUCCAAAAGCAACCACUGCCUCGACGCGGCCAAAGCCUGCAACCUAAACGACAACUGCAAGCGGCUGCGCUCCGGCUACAUCUCCACCUGCAGCAAGGAGAUCUCGGCGGCCGAGCACUGCAGCCGGCGCAAGUGCCACAAGGCGCUGCGGCAGUUCUUCGACCGCGUGCCCAGCGAGUACACCUACCGCCUGCUCUUCUGCUCCUGCAAGGACCAGGCCUGCGCCGAGCGCCGGCGCCAGACCAUCGUCCCCUCCUGCUCCUACGAGGACAAGGAGAAACCCAACUGCCUGGACCUGCGGAGCGUGUGCCGGACGGACCACCUCUGCCGGUCGCGGCUGGCCGAUUUCCACGCCAACUGCCAAGCGUCGCCACAGGCGCCCAGCGGCUGCCCCGGGGACAACUUCCAGGCGUGCCUGGGCUCCUACGCCGGGCUCAUCGGCUUCGACGUGACGCCCAACUACGUGGACGCCAGCACCGCCGGCGUCACCGUCUCGCCCUGGUGCUCCUGCAAGGGCAGCGGCAACCUGGAGGAGGAGUGCGAGAAGUUCCUGCGAGACUUCACGGAAAACCCCUGCCUCCGAAACGCCAUCCAGGCCUUCGGCAACGGCACGGACGUGAACCCCUCCGUCAAGAACCCCUCGCCCGCCGUCACCGUGCCGCCCAAGACGGAGAAAAGCCCGGCCCUGCCCGACGACAUCAACGACAGCAACACCAUGUACGACACGAGCGUCAUCUCCACCUGCACCUCCACCCAGGAGCACGGCCCCAAGCUCAACAAGUCCAAAGACCCGAGCUUGUGCUACCCCGAGACCCAGCUGACCACGGACCUCGUGCCCGACCAGAAGAGCUUCGCAGACCCCAAGGCGGGCGGCGGGCGGCACGCGCCGGGCUGGAUCCUGCCGGCCGCCCCGCUGCUGCUGGCGAGGCUGGCGCUGUAGAGGGGCGAGGAGCUCGGCCGGCGGGACGGGACGGCACGGGACGGACGCGCCGGAGCUCUCGGCCCGUUUCCGCCGAGGGUUUCUGCUUUUCCGGGAACGGCAGGCGAAGGGACAGCUCGUGUUCGGGGCUGCAACGCUCGAGCGAGAUGGCGCCGCCAGAGACGGGCCGGGCGGCGGAAGGACCCUCGUGACGCUGGGAAACUUUGGGAUUUUUUUUUUCCUUCUUCUGUCCUUUUUUUUCUUUUUAAGGUGCACUGGGUGUCUUUUCUAAAGCAGGCACGGGAGAAAACCCGCGCACCGUGCCGACAGCACUCGAAGGGGAUCCGAAGCCGUGAACGGAGCUGGGGGGGAGCAAAAAAAAAAAAAAUACACGUGGCCUCGAGCCGAGCUCCAGCCGCGGCCCCACGACGGAGACGGCCCCGCGUCGCCGCUGGCGUGCCGCUCGCCAGCGCCGUGGGACGGAGCCCGGAGCCCAGAGCCCGGCCGCUCCCCUUCGCUGUUCACAUCAGUAUUAUUAUUAUCUUUUUUUUUUUUCUUUCCUGUGGUUGGCAACGAUUUUAAAAUCAAAGAGAAAAGAAACUAGUGUUCAAA